UCACCACCGCUCGUCCUUUUACCGGCUCCCGACACGACACGAACGGCCCGGACGCAUCAAUUUGCAACAGUCUUUUUCAGUGACUGCUGCCACCCUGUUCAAUUGAUACCCGCGACCCCCGAUUUUCUUUUUGCCGACCGACACGAUGGCGCAGGAUAUGCCCCCCAAGGCCGGCUACGAGCCCGUGCAGUACAAGCGCAACUUGCCUGCCAAGGGCUUCCGCCCGGGCAUCAUGCUGCUCGGUAUGGGUGCGUUGAUGGGAUACGGCUGGUACAAGCUUGCUGGUGGUAUGCGUGAGGCCAAUGAACUUGCUCGCGAGAAGAUGUGGGCGCGCAUCCACCUGAUUCCCCUCCUGCAGGCCGAAGAGGACCGUGACCAGGUCCGCAGAUAUCUGGCCGACCAGAAGCGCGAAAAGGAGCUCAUGGGUGAGAACACCAAGGUCUACCACUCCGACAAGUUCGUGAGACCGACAUUUGCCAUUUCGCCCAACGUUUCGAAGUAGACGGGACAGAAGGAUUAGGAGGAAGAAUCAAAAAACGUGUACAUAUACUGUUAGACUGCGGGACGGCAGAGUCGAUCCUAUUUCUUUUGUCUUGACAUACCACAGAAGAAAAAAAACAAUGCAAAAAACAUCAUCAACCAG